CCGUGCCACAAACGCCAAAAGUACGAAGAGUUUAGCGAGAGAGAGAGACAGAGACAGAGGGGGAUGAGCGUGGCAUCUACAGCAGCGUACGCAGCUCGGAGAGCAGCCCAGAAGGAGAGGGUUCGGAUCCUGUACAGGCGAGCCCUCAAGGACACUCUCAACUGGGCUGUCCAUCGGCACCUCUUCUACCAAGAUGCUUCAGACCUCCGUGAGCGUUUCGACGGCAACAAACACGUGGAAGACCUUGACACAAUUGAUAAAAUGAUAGCUGAUGGUGAAGCAAGUUACAAUAAGUGGCGGCACCCGGAUCCUUAUAUUGUUCCUUGGGCUCCUGGUGGUUCAAAGUUCACUCGAAACCCAACUCCGCCAUCUGGGAUUGAGAUAGUAUACAACUAUGGUCGAGAAGACAAUGACUAAAACUGCUUUCUAUUUGUGGCAAUAAAUAAAGAUUGACAUGGUCAAUGACUCCAAAGAUGAUGAUGGUUUUGAUGAUCAAGGCUGGUGUCUUUGAUGCUUUUUUUUAUAUGUGAUGCCAAAUGGUGGCUUUGAACGCUUGAGAUGUUCACUUGCUCAUUCAUGUUUAUUUGGUCUUCCCUGGAAUUGGAAUAUAAAAGACCUCCCAAGUGUUAACUUAGCAUGCUACAUGUCGCAAAUUCAGCAUAAGCAUUUUGAUGAACA